AUGCCGGAGAUGACGCUCGCUUUGGGUGUUGGUGGCGCGCUGGCCGGAAAGGCAGCCUCAGCAGCGGUCACCGGCAAAGUAGGAGGCACGGGGAGGGGGGCAAGCGCCGGCGGCCCGGCCGCUAUGAGCGACCCCGUGGAUGAAGCCGAGAACUCAGUCUUCGCGAUCAACCCCAUGGGCCUUCCACUGAAGGAGCUGCGGCGAUUAAAGGACCAGUUCCAGGACGACCAAGGGCAACCGGUGAAGCUGGACGAGCAGCAGUUCGUGGAUGCCCUGCUCAGCCGCCUCACCGGCAAAGGCGCCGAGAACUUCUCCUCGGAGCGGUGGGACGCGGAGCUGCGGACCCUGUUCAAGAAGAUCGACGCCAGCUGCUCUGAGACCGUGACCUGGGAGGAGUUCACCAACUACAUGCUUUUCCACGUGCCCGGCUUCAACUCCGGGGACGGCGCCUGCGAGUUGGCCCACAACUCUGCGGCGGAGGCCCUGGCGGGGGCCUGGCAAUGCGGGCACGCGGACAUGAUCAACAGCAUCGUGGUGGUCCCGGACCUGGGCACCGCCACCAACGGCAGCAGCUCCACCCGGCGCUAUGUCACGGCGGGCCGCGACGGCUUCGUCAAGGUGUGGCAUCCCAACCUGACGCUGCACAAGGCCGUGGACGUGGGCAACACCUCCAGCUGGCUCAGCGCCUGCUGCUGGAUGCAGAAGAGUCGGAAGCUCGCGGUGGCCUCCUCCAACUUCCGGAUCUUCUUCUACGACAGUUCCUUUAACCCCGUCAGCCACAUCGACCACAAGGAUGGGACGCCCCUGUGUUUGGGCUACACUGAAUCCCACGAGAACAAGAGCAUGGAGAAGGAGAUUCUCAUGGUGGGCGACGCCAAGGGCUACGUCUCGGUUUUUCCAUUGGAUGCCAACGAUUGGGUGGAUCAGGAGUCCAAGCCUGACGGGAAGCCUGACAGUGACGGCAUGAAGGUCAAGAAAUCCUCCCGCUUCAAGUACCACAAAGAUUGGGUUACAAAGGUGGGAUUCGUGUCGCAGCUCCAAGCGAUGGUCACAUGCAGCCUUGAUGGAGACAUCAAUAUUUGUGACAUUCACACGAAUCAGCGGAAGGGCAGGGACCCAGUGCGGCUGCACAAGAAGGGGGUCUACUCCUGGUGUUGGUGCAAAAGCUACAAGUUCUUUGCCUCAGGGGGCUCUGAUCGGCAGAUCAUCAUUUGGAACCCCUACACUCAGAAGGCGAUGAACUAUCUGCAAGGACACAACGCCCCGGUCUUUGAUGUGCUGGUCAACGAAAGUCAGCACCAGCUGAUUUCCAUGUCAGUGGAUAAGGUGGUCAAGGUCUGGGACAUUCUGAACUACCAAUGCAUCCAGACCUUCACGGACAAGACGGAGUACAAGCCUGAGGACCGGCUUACGUGCAUGGCCUUCGACGAGGAGGGCCCGGCUCUGGUGCUGGGCUCGAGCCUGCUAAAUGUGCUGCCCGUGAGCGUCAAGGUGGAGACGAGUCGCACUCACCUGGCGCCGAUCGUGGGGGCGCUCUACAACGACGUCUUCCACCAGGUCAUCUCGGGGGACAACAUGGGCACCAUCUCUGUUUGGGACGUGCAGACUGGGAAGCUGGAGUUCGAGUUUCGGCGAGCGCACCAGGACCACAAGAUGAGCUGCAUGGCCUUCGACGAGCCCAAGAGGUGUCUCUACACCGGCGGCGAGGAUGGCCUCAUCAAACUCUGGAACUUCUCCUCGGGCCAACAGCUCCGCAGCUACACCAUGAGGCAGCCUUCCGAGAUACGCAGCCUUCUGUGGGCCAGGGAGGGCCCGAACAACUUCGUGGUUGGUCUAGCUUGGGAUCGGCGCCUUUACGUGUGGCCAGACAGCCGGAAGCAGACAGUGGAGCCGCAGUACGUCCUGGAGGACUUCAGUGGUCAGGGUCACACAGAUGACGUGACCUGCCUGAGCCGCCUGUCCUCGGUCACAGGGCUGCUGGCCACUGGGGGUGACGACGGCUACAUCUGCAUCUGGAAGAUCCAGGAGACCAGUGGCCAUGGCGCGAGCUCCCGGAGGUACCGCCUGGACACGCGGAACCCCCGGGGGAACUCCGCGGAUCGGCAAUCGGGAAAAAAAGCAGAGCCUCCUGCGGCCCACAAGCGGGCCUCGCAGACUCAGCCAGGCUACCCAGAUUCCCCACAACCGUCUCAGGCUGAGGGAUUUCCGGAGGAGCUUGAAUCUGAUACAGGGAUGGGCUCCUUUGGCGUCGAGAGAACCAUCUUCUUGGAGCACAAGGAGUGCCUGUUGACCAUCCAUGCUGAUCAGUAUGCGAGGUUGUGGUCCGCCAAGCAGUCGGAAUUCCUGGGAAAGCUGGAGUUCAAGUCGGCGGAAGAGUCACCUUUCCGUUUGGAUCAGGGGGCAAUCUCAGCGGUGUAUGCCAACGAUGCAAACACCCUACUUUUUACUGGGCAUGAUGAUGGCUGGGUACGAAUCUGGGAUCUCAGCAAGAUCCAGGUGGAUGCGUGCCCUUCAUCCUUACUGCAAGUGCAGGAGAUGCAGUUGCACCGCGUGGCAGUUACUUCACUGCAGCAGUUUCAGAUUGACCGCAAGGAAGUCAUUGUUUCAGCCUCCUGUGACUGGACGGUUGCGCUGCACACCAUGGAUGGUGGCCGCAUAGGCAGCUUCAGUCAUCGUGGUCCAUUGUGGAGGCUUUCGGACACGAAAAGUUGGUGCGACCAGCCGCCCACGGAGGAAGGGGUGCGGGGCGAGGACGAGGAUCGCUGGGGCGGCGUCAGCCCCCGCCGGAAGGGCGGGAACUGGCAGAAUGGCGCUAACGGCAGCGUGCCAGGCAUUGGAAUCGGCCUGGGCAUGCGCACGCAGAGGGCGUCCAAGGUGAGGACGCGGCCGGUGAUCGCGGCCCCGCACUCGGGGCAAGGGGACUUUGGGAAGCUCAGCGUUGUGGAGCGCUUCAAGCCGGAUCUGACGCUGGCGGAGCAGGAGCGCGCGCGCCUCCAGAAGUUCCACGUCUCAGAGAGCUCGCGCGGGAAGAUUUGGAGCCGCCGGUGA